GAGCUAUUCAGGAACAAGUCAAAACGGUGGUUACAAUUAUCAUAUGCUCGUCACCAAAGCGGACAAAGUCGCUCACUUCAAUCUCUACCUCUGGAACCCAGCAUGGCGACACUCACAAUAAUUGACUUGACUGGGGACUUGACGAUUAUGGUCGGUGCGAAGCUUGCUGCCGGCAUUCCGAGCCGAUUCUAAGUGUCUCGCCAUACCAUGUGUCUUGCUUGCCCUGUGUGGAGCAAGAUGCUUAUGGGAAAGCUCAGUGAAAGCUCAUUGGACACUGUAGAAUUCCCCCACGAUGGUCCUGAUGCAAUGGAAAUCGUUCUCCGAAUCGCUCAUCUCCAAUUCGACAAGAUCUUGGAUUCCGGACUGAGUCACGUUAUUUUGGCUCAGAUGGCAAAUCUGGUGGAGACACACGAUCUGUAUCAUCUUAUAAAAGCCUUUUCGUGCCGUUGGCUGGAAUACUUCUGCGAUGAAAUCACAGUAAAUUCCCCUUCGAUCGCUUGGGUCUUUGGCGAGGAGAAAAUGUUCAAAGAUUGCUUCAUAGAUCUAGUCAAAGCCACUAAUAAGCAGGAUGAUGAGCGAGGAAUUACUGAACGCUGCAUCCGGGAGCUGUCAACCCCAGCAGGCAUUGGUGAUGUUAUCAUGAGCGUCAGGGGCAAGGCUAUUGACAGAAUCCUCAGCAUAUUCCACAUAGCCAUGCAAGGUAUAGAGAACGAUACCGCUAUGCAAUGCGUCGUGGAGGAAUCACGCUGUUAUGGUCAUCGCAUUAGCAUGAUUACAGAGCCGUUGCGAAGGCUUAAGCUGUUGCCACUGCCAUCCGAAGGGGAAGAGAUCAGUGUGUCAGUUAACAAUGUCGAGGCUGAGCUGGCCGACACAAUGCAGUAUCCAGAGUCAGAUGAGCAACAUGAAGACUGUUAUGACGACAUAUAUCGGUAGUCGAAAGACUUUAAGAGUGUCUGGAGGAUUGAUCGCCUUAUUGGGGCUGAGUGGCCUUACCUAGAGACCUUACGCUGAAACGCCACGAAACUUAGAGUUUAAG